GCAUUGCAAUCCGAAAACAAAACCCUGCCGUCUCCCUCCUCCCCGGCGGCCUAUCUAGGGUUUCUUUGCCUCUCCGUUCCUCUCGCUCCACACGCGCUUCCUUCCAGAAGCUUCUAGAUACGUCCAGUCGGAGGACGAGCUCCCGCCGCAGCAGCAGCAGCCAUGGCGUCCACCAAGGUCCAGCGUAUCAUGACCCAGCCCAUCAAUCUCAUCUUCCGAUUCCUCCAGAGCAAAGCGCGCAUCCAGAUCUGGCUGUUCGAGCAGAAGGAUAUGCGGAUUGAGGGCCGUAUCAUCGGCUUUGAUGAGUACAUGAACUUGGUUCUUGAGGAUGCUGAGGAAAUCAACAUUAAGAAGGACACCAGGAAGUCAUUGGGAAGGAUACUCUUGAAAGGUGACAACAUAACUCUGAUGAUGAACACUGGAAAGUGAAGCCCCUCUUCCUAGGAUGGCUGGUGUUCUCAUUACUGGGCUGAGCGUUCCUGUGAUACUUUGUACUCCAUCUAGACUGAUAUGCAUGUAGCUUGUGAUUGUGGUCACUAUAUGUAAUGUCUGUCAUUUACGAGUACCUAUGAACUCAGUAAUCCAUUCUGUGAACCAUGUGCAUGAUGUCUGAGAUAAUGAGCUUAUCUCUUGUGCUUAAGAUUAACAUGAACAGACUGCUAUGUUGA